UUCCGGGUAAGAAUUAAGUACAUCCACUUUAUUAUUUUUAGAGAUUUGGUUAAAUAUGAACUGGUGGAAGCCAAUUACAAUGCUAAGGUAGUGUACCAUCCGGAUGAUACGUCCCACGAAGGCGAAGAGGAAUAUAAAGGAAACCUAAUGAAUUUCACGGAAAUGCUUUUGUGGGGGAACAAGUGUUGUAUUCCGCUCGUGCGCCAAAUAACGUUCGAGAAUGCCGAAGAACUGACAGAAGAAGGCCUUCCACUGAUGAUCCUGUUCCACAGAUCUCGAGACGUCAACGUCGUCAAAAGGUUCAAGAUUUCGUGUUCGCAAAUCCGAGCAGAGCGCAGUAGAAUAAACUUCUUGUACGGUGACGGUGACUUGUUCUCCCAUCCGUUGUCGCACCUGGGGAAGACUGUGGCGGACCUGCCUGUGCUGGCCAUCGACAGUUUCCAGCACAUGUACCUGUUUCCGGACAUGGAGAAGCUGGACGAUCCGGACGCACUGGAACAGUUCAUCGAGGACCUCUACACGGGCAAGCUGCACCGGGUGUACCACUACGGGGAGGAGGUUGUGCCCUCCACCACCACCACCAAGGACAACCUCACGUCUCGGGUACCUAAAUCAGUCUUUGUAAAUCUGCAGCCGUCACAGCACCGGUACACGCUGCUACGCGACGAGUUAUAGGUUCUCAUUCAUUAACAUUAACAUAGAGUACAAUUGGAUCUCUGUUGUAGUUUUACACCAGAACGUAUGUCAAUAGUUUCAAAAAUUAUAUACAUAUGUUUUUAAUAAUUUUAUGUGAAUAGUUAAAUAUUUAAAACAGAAACUGUUAGUAUAAUUUACAAUUUAUUGGUUGUAAAGAAUAUGUGAGUUUAAAGAUAGAAAAAGGAACAAGGAAAGAGUGUGUUGUGUUUCUGCCUUUUUGAAUUGUAAAACAACUCAGUUAAAU